UUUCAGGUGGUGUACUUCUCAGCCACGUAUCCCUACGUCAUGCUCUUCAUUCUGUUCUUCCGAGGGGUCACUCUGCCCGGCGCCAUCGAUGGGAUCCGCUUCUACAUCACUCCAGACUUCAAUAAACUCGCCCGAUCUGAAGUGUGGCUGGACGCAGCGACUCAGAUCUUCUUUUCAUACGGACUGGGUUUGGGCUCACUCAUCGCUCUGGGAAGCUACAACCCCUACAACAAUGACGUCUACAA